AUGGACCAAUGUAUUGGUAAAGUUUUGGGUGAUACAAAAGAACCUGAAGUUUCCAGUAAUAUAGAAGAAUUUGAAGAAAGUGGAAUUGGAGAAUUUGAGGGAAGUGGCACUGAAGAAUUUGAAAGUAGUAGUAUUGAGGAAUUUGAAGGAAGUGACACCAAGGAAUCUAAAGAUGAUUUUAUUCUUGAAAAAGAAUUAAUAUGGAUUCCUUAUAACAAAUUUAAAAAUGUUGAAUAUCUUAAUAAAGGAGGAUUUGGUACUAUAUACAAAGCUACUUGGUUAAAGAAUAAUGGAGAUGAAGAAGUAAUUCUUAAAUGUCUUAAGAAUUUAGAUGAAAAUUUAAAUGAAUUUUUAAAAGAAUGGGAAUAUCAUAUAAGUGUUUUAACUUCAAAUGAUAUUAUAAAUGUUUAUGGAUUCACAGAAGAUACAAAUACUUCAAAAUAUAUGGUAGUAAUGUACUAUGCAAAUAAAGGUAAUUUAAGAGAAAAUCUAACAAGAAUAGUCGAAAAUAAAUGGAAUCAAAAAUUAUAUAUGUUGUACGAAAUUAUUUCUGGACUUAGUAGGAUACAUGGAAAUAAUCUUAUUCAUUGUGAUUUUCAUGAUGGUAAUAUUUUAAAUCAUAAUGAUAAGAAUAAGGAUAAAAUUUAUAUUUGUGAUUUAGGAUUAUGUCAACCUGUAAAAUCGUUUUUGAAAAAGUAUGAUAUUUAUGGUGUUAUGCCAUUUAUGGCUCCUGAAGUUUUAAGAGGCAAAUCUUAUACUCCAGCUAGUGAUAUAUAUAGUUUUUCUAUGAUUAUGUGGGAAUUUACAUCUGGGGUACCACCAUUUAAUAAUAAAGCACAUGAUUUUCGACUUAGUUAUAGUAUUUGUAAAGGUGAACGCCCUAAAAUUAUUGAAAAUACUCCACAAUGCUAUGUAGAUUUAAUGAAAAAAUGUUGGAAUGAAGAUCCAUUGAAAAGGCCAUCUACCUCAGAAGUGAAAGGUAUUAUUAAGAAUUGGAUUAUCCGUCCUGAUGAUAAAAUUAAUGAAGAAUUAAAAAGCAACAUUAUGGAAUUUAUAAAUGCACCAAUUGUGCAUAGCGAUCUAGCUACUAAAUCUCAUCCUAAAGCAUAUCAUACAAGUUGCUUACUUGAUUUCACUAGUAAAAAAUUGAAUGAAAUUCUUGAAAGUGAAAAUUUGGAUAAUUAUAUAAUUAAUGAUUUGAAGUUAUUAGAUAUUAAAGCAGUUGAAAAUACUAGUGAAAACUUGAAUGAAAUUCUUGAAAGCGAAGAUUUACAAGCUAGUGUAGAAGUAAAUGAACAGCUAAGUGAAGAUUUGAAUGAUUAUAUAAUUAAAGAUUUGAAGUCAUUAGAUGAAAAUUAA